ACAGAAGUGACUAGUGACAACUAUUUUUCUUCUGUUCUCAUCUCUGUGUGUCACCAACAGAGGCAAAAAUAGUGCCAAAUAUAGAGAGGGAGAGAGAGAGAUUGGGAGAGAAAUGGAGAGAGAUGGUGAAAUGAAGCAUUCAAGGUUCAGUAGGAUUUGUGUUUUCUGUGGAAGUAGUCAAGGCAACAAGAGUAGCUAUCAGGAUGCUGCUAUUCAGCUUGCCCAAGAAAUGGUCUCAAGAAACAUUGAUUUGGUCUAUGGAGGCGGUAGCAUUGGACUGAUGGGCUUGAUUUCACAAGCUGUUCAUAAGGGUGGCCGUCAUGUUAUUGGGGUCAUUCCCAAGACGCUCAUGCCUCGAGAGUUAACUGGUGAAACAGUAGGGGAGGUGAAGGCAGUUGCAGGUAUGCAUCAAAGGAAAGCAGAGAUGGCUAGGCACUCGGAUGCUUUUAUUGCCUUACCUGGUGGUUAUGGCACUCUAGAGGAACUACUUGAAGUUAUAACCUGGGCACAACUCGGCAUCCAUGAUAAACCGGUGGGGCUGCUCAAUGUGGACGGAUUCUACAACUCUUUACUGUCAUUCAUCGACAAAGCUGUGGAAGAAGGCUUCAUUAGCCCUUUUGCCCGCCGUAUCAUUGUAUCUGCAACAACAGCAAAGGAGUUGGUCAAGAAAUUGGAGGAGUAUGAACCUUGCCAUGAAAUGAUUGCUUCAAAGCUCAACUGGGAGACAGAGCAGCUUGCCUAUCCUCCAACUAAUGAAAUUUCAAGAUGAUAACACGGGGGCACAGUAGAUCAAGUUGAUGAAUAUUUAGCAGUCCAGGAUGCUAUCUUAAAUUUUACUACUUAGCUUUUGGUAUGGGGAUACUCUUUUGUAGAUUUCCACUGCAGUUAGCCUCAGUAAACUAAGCUUAUUUUGGUUUUUAGCCUCUGUAAAGUACUACUUGAUGCAUAUUAUAUGAAUGAGUUUCGUAAUGCUCUA